CUACACGUGAACUGAGAAAAGAACGAUCCCCCAAAAAUGUGAUACACUGUGAAAGGUGCUUGUUGUGGUCUACAAAUGGCUUUAUGGCUUGAAGCCUUCAACCACUCCAUCCUGUCUUGCACGUCUCUGUCUCUGACAGCCCCAAAGGCGCAAGAGCCAAUCACCUUCAACCUUCAACCUCUUCCCACGCCCCAGGCACGGCCCGACCGUCUGGGUCUUGUUCCCCCCUUGCAACACCAGCUCAAUCAAUGCACACUCGGAAAUCCAGAGUUGUUUGCUUUUGCCUUGCUUGAUAUGCUUGCUUGCUUACCUGCCCCGAACAUUGCGGACCACUUGACUGCUGACAACACAAUCUCUAAGCACGCACGCAAGGACGUGAUUACCAACCCAUUCCUAAGUCAUUACUCAACUCAACACCAGACAGUCCCUGCUGCACACACAAACACACACGCAAAAAAAAGGAACUUUCAUGCGAAUACAUCACAUCAUGCAGCAACCACCACCACCAACUUGCAUAAACCACGCGCACGGGGGAGGGAGGGGGAUACAUCCCAUGCUGUGCCCUCAACAACCGGGGAUAUUAAACCCCCCGUCCCUCCCUUCCCUUUCCUUUCCUUUGAUCCGAUGUUCACCGGAGACUUUUAUCUUGAGCCCGGGUUGGGACGGGGGGAUGCGCCGAUUUAUCAAACAGUCUUGAAACUGCCUCAGUGUGGGAGGAAAGGAAAGAAAAAAAAAAUCGGGCAAAAGUACUUGUCCGGAUGAAAAUGUGCAUGCCCCCCUGGCGCCGUGCCUGGUCCUUCCGAAACGUGCUUGGCGGGCGGCGUCGCAGCAUCCAUGUUGUGCUGGGCUGGUGAUAUAUUGCACUCUCAUUAACUGCCGCAUGGGGUAGCAGAAGGGGGGCCUG